AUGGUAAUGGAUGGUGACAAUAUUUCACAGCUGCUGAGUGCACCCACCAAUGGUGAUAUUACACACACACAGCUUCUUCCUCUCAGCCAAAGCUGUGAUGAAAUUGACUGGGAAGGGCUGCUCUGUGGUUCGUCUUUGAGUUUGGAGAUGGAGAAGGCAAGUGGAAGUGAGGGGAUAAAAAUGGGGGAUUUUGAUGGUGGAGCUGGAAGAAGAGAUGAGGGUAAUAAUGGAGGGAAAAACAAAGGGAAAAUGAUGAUGGGCAAAAGAAGUAGCAGUGCAGUAGUGCCUAGGAUUGCUUUCCAGACAAGGAGUGCUGAGGAUGUUCUUGAUGAUGGCUACAGAUGGAGGAAAUAUGGUCAGAAGGCUGUCAAACAUAGCACACAUCCCAGGAGCUAUUACCGGUGUACACAUCAUACAUGCAACGUUAAGAAACAAAUUCAAAGGCACUCAAAGGAUCCAACCAUAGUGGUGACAACAUAUGAAGGGAUUCACAACCAUCCAUCUGAAAAAUUAAUGGAGACUCUAAGCCCUCUCCUCAAGCAAUUGCAGUUCCUUUCUGGCAUUUAGAACAAUAUAAUUAUAAUCUUUCCCUUCUCCAUUUGCAUUGAACUUUUUUCUGUAUGUAUUUGUAUCAAACAAUGAUGAAUCUUUCUUCUCCUAUGGCACUGGAGAAGCCAAAGUGAAUGAUGAAUCUUUCAGCGUUUCAUCUAAAA